UAGAUAAGCCAUUGCUUAAACGCCCCACCCUCCGUUGUAGCAGAAGACACUAGAUAGACCAAGUCAUCUGAGUGAUCUGGCGUCUACCUCUCUCUCAAUCUUAUCAUACUCAAAUUGCCGGCUUUGCUGACACAGGAACAAUGUCUUUCACAAAUAAGGCUUUGUUUGCUUCCUUGCCCAGAACCCAGCGAGGGCAGCCACUUGUUCUGGGUGGAGAUCCCAAAGGGAAAAACUUCUUGUACACUCAUGGAAAUAGUGUGAUUAUUCGAAACAUUGAGAACCCGGAAAUUGCGGAAACAUACACUGAACAUUCUUGCCAAGUAAAUGUUGCCAAGUACUCCCCUAGUGGAUUUUACAUAGCGUCUGCUGAUCAAUCUGGAAAGGUUAGAAUUUGGGAUACUGUCAACAAGGAGCACAUAUGCAAGAUUGAAUUACAGCCAUUUGCUGGUCCAAUCAAGGAUUUAGCUUGGUCUCCUGAUAAUCAACGAAUGGUGGUAGUUGGAGAAGGCCGAGAAUGUUUUGGCCAUGUCUUCCUCGUGGAGACCGGAACUUCCAACGGUACGAUUGGUGGACCUUCCAAGCCCAUCAACUCAUGCGACUUCCGCCCGGCCAGGCCUUUCAAAAUCAUUGCUGGAAGUGAAGAUAACUCCGUGACUAUUUUCGAAGGUCCUCCAUUCAAAUGGAAGAUGACUAAAACAGAACACCAACGUUUCGUUCAGUCCGUUCGUUACUCUCCCAACGGCGAUCAUUUCGCCACCGGUGGCUUUGAUGGGAAGAUCUUCAUUUAUGACGGAAAGACUUCAGAUUUGAUUGGCGAAUUAGGAAGUCCGGCACACAGCGGAGGAGUUUACGCAGUCGCUUGGAGCCCUGAUAGCAAGAGUUUGUUAUCCGCGUCUGGUGACAAGACAUGUAAAACGUGGGACGUGGCCACAAUGAGUUUAAUUACUGAAUUUCCGAUGGGCACUGCUAUUGAGGAUCAACAAGUUUCUUGCCUAUGGCAGGGUAAACAUAUGUUGUCUGUUUCUUUGGCUGGACACAUUUCUUACCUUGACCCGGCAAACCCAAGCAAACCUCUUCGUGUUAUUAAGGGCCACAACAAACCGAUAACUGUCAUGGCAGUGAAUAAAAAUCGCGACACAGUAUUUACCGGAUCGCACGAUGGUACAAUCACCAGCUGGGACGUGGCAACUGGAGAGAGCCACCGCAUAGGAGGAAUCGGCCAUGGAAAUCAAAUGAACGGCAUGGUCACUCUAGGCGAAUCCAUUUUUACUUGCGGUAUCGAUAACGCUAUCAAGGAAAUCAGCAUUAUGACCAAAACGUUCACCAGUACCAACAUCAAGUUAGCGUCUCAGCCUCGCGGUCUAGCCGGUGAUGGAACCACGCUCAUCGUUCCAUGUGAAAAAGAGAUUGCAGUCAUUCAGGACGGUCGUCAAGUAUCAAGUGUGAGUGUUAACUUUGAACCAUCCUGUGCUUCCAUGAACGGUCACCAUCCGGAUGUUGCUGUUGGUGGCACCACGGACCAUAAGGUACAUGUGUACAUCUUGCAUGACGGCAAGCUGACGCCACGAAUGGAACUGGAUCACAGUGGCCCUGUCACUGAUUGCGCCUUCUCUCCCGAUAACCAAUACCUGGCUGUUGCUGACGCCAACCGCCUCGUCACUCUCUAUGGAUUGCCUGGCUAUGAGGUGGCUAGCAAAGAAGUAUGGGGUUACCACACCGCUAGAGUCAAUUGCGUAGCUUGGAGUCCCGAUUCUACUCUACUUGCCUCCGGGAGCUUGGACACUUCCAUUAUCGUUUGGAGCGUCGAGAAGCCUGCUAAACGCCUCAUUAUCAAGAAUGCCCACCCACAGAGUCAGAUCACCGGUCUAGCUUGGUUGGACAAUAACACGAUCGUCUCUGUCGGCCAGGACUGCAACAGCCGCUACUGGGACAUCCGUAACUUCCCGUGAACAAAAGAUUAAAAAGGAAACUCGACCAAGUCAUGAAGAUGGUUGAUUGCUCUUAUUAUUAUUACUACCACUACUACUACUACUACUACUACUACUAAAAAUUACUAUACCUACUACUACUACUAUUGCUAGUACCCCCAGUCUCUCUAUCCCACACGCGUUCGUCCAUCUUCUCUCGAACCUCCUCCCGAAUCAAGCAAGCACCAGGGUCUUCAAGAUUAACAAACAAGAGUGGCCUUAUCAUAUUAUUAUUAUUCCCUUUUUUUUUUUCGUGCAGAUCUACAACCAGUGCUAAAAUAGAACCAUGAUCGCUUUGUAGCACCUGCUAGCGACAUUUCAAUAUAACCUUCCUCCCCGCCCUUUUGUUUUUCGUUUGUUGUCCCCUUCAAAGGACUUUUUUAUUUUGCCCAGUUGGUUUUCGUCGGACUGAAAUGUCUCGCUUCCAUGUGAACAACAACAACACAUACGUAGCUCUUCCCCCUCUCGUUUUGGUUGUCCGUGCAUUAUUCCAUAUCUUCUUCCAACAAUUUAUUAUUAUUAUUUUGUUUUUCAUUUGUGUGUGUUUUGCUGAUUUCUUUAAUUGCCUGAGAAAAUUCAUCAAUACUAAUAUGUCAGAAGUGAA